UUUACGGCUGCGGGAACGGAGUGCGUCGGCGCCAGGGCCGCUCGGGCCGCCAAGCAGCGCGGGCGAGCGAAGUUGAUGCCCGGCGGCGGGGCGAGCGCGGCAUCGGGCCGGCUUCUCACCGCCGCAGAGCAAAGGGGGGCCCGAGAGGCGGCGGGGUCGGCGUCCCGGAGCGGCCCGGGGAGCUCCGGCGUCGGCAGAGGCGGAUCAGGCGGCCCCGGGCCGGGGAGCGGCGGCGGCGGCGGCGGCCCGGGGGGCCCGGCGGGCAGGAUGAGCCUGACCCCGAAGGAGCUGUCGAGCCUGCUGAGCAUCAUCUCGGAGGAGGCGGGCGGCGGCAGCACCUUCGAGGGCUUGUCUACCGCCUUCCACCACUACUUCAGCAAGGCCGACCACUUGGUUUUUACCUCCUAUAACUCCACCGGAAAAGUUCUUUCUUUCCCAGCUGAUGCUGGCACCGCCCAGGGAACUCUUCAAAAAGACCCCUCGCCAGAUCGCGCUGAUGGACGUCGGAAACAUGGGCCAGUCUGUGGACAUCAGCGGACUUCAGCUAGCCUUGGCGGAACGCCAGUCUGAAUUGCCAACCCAAAGCAAAGCCAGCUUCCCUAGUAUUCUCAGUGACCCAGACCCGGAUUCUUCCAAUUCUGGAUUCGACAGCUCAGUUGCUUCUCAGAUCACGGAAGCUUUAGUCAGCGGACCAAAGCCACCUAUUGAAAGCCACUUCCGGCCGGAGUUCAUCCGCCCACCGCCUCCACUGCACAUCUGCGAGGAUGAACUGGCCUGGCUGAACCCCACGGAGCCGGACCACGCGGUUCAGUGGGAUAAGUCCAUGUGUGUGAAGAACAGCACCGGUGUGGAGAUCAAGCGAAUCAUGGCCAAAGCCUUCAAAAGUCCCUUGUCUUCCCCCCAACAGACACAGCUCCUUGGAGAGUUGGAGAAAGACCCCAAACUUGUUUAUCACAUUGGCCUCACUCCAGCCAAACUUCCUGAUCUAGUGGAAAACAACCCUUUAGUUGCCAUAGAAAUGCUGCUGAAAUUGAUGCAGUCCAGCCAGAUCACUGAGUACUUCUCCGUCCUGGUCAACAUGGACAUGUCCUUACACUCGAUGGAAGUUGUAAAUCGACUGACCACAGCUGUUGAUCUACCUCCAGAAUUUAUUCACCUUUAUAUAUCAAAUUGCAUCUCUACUUGUGAACAAAUUAAGGAUAAAUAUAUGCAGAACCGUCUGGUGCGUCUCGUGUGCGUCUUUCUCCAGUCCCUGAUCCGUAACAAAAUUAUUAACGUGCAGGACUUGUUUAUAGAAGUGCAGGCAUUCUGUAUUGAGUUCAGUAGGAUACGAGAAGCUGCUGGCCUUUUCCGGUUGCUGAAAACACUGGAUACUGGAGAAGUACCUUCGGAGACCAAAAUGUCCAAGUGAUACCUCAGCAGAGCCACUCCAUUCAUUGUGAUUUCCUGCUCAAAACUGUUGGCCUAGUGCACUCCGACAACAUCUUACAUACUUCAACCACGUUUUGUUUUCCUGGAUGACUUUUCCUAUAGAUGAGUUUUUGGUAAGAACUUGGAAAAUCGCCUUUUUAGGGAUCUUGCUGACUAUCCAUGGGAGGAACAGUUAUCCCCCAAAAGCUGACUACAAAUGAUUUUUGUUUUGCACUGAAGAGCAAAGUGCCUGUUUUUGCUUAAAAGACGAGCUAUAGACUUCUGAUCAGGAACCCGGUUUUCCUAAGGUUCCAACAUUAAAAGUAUUUAAGGACAUUCUUAAGAAUUUGUGAUGUUGUCCUUGAGUUGAAAGCAACUGUUUUUGGAUCCUCAGACAGCAAAGAGAAGUUUGGCUGUUAUAGCUACUUAGGCCUGUAGCUUUCAGCCUCUCAUUGAACACAGUCUGAACCAAGGACAUGCUUGUACCUUUAUCCUUCUUGCCAUGGGGACCUGACAGACAGGAGAAGUGCAUUUCUGGGAACUCUUAGACAUCUUUUUGUAGGCAGAAAUAGCUGGUACAGGUUCCUGGUCCCCCCCCCCCCCCCAAGGUGUUGUCUUGUGUAAGAUAGCCUGUUUGUUUGUUUAAAGAGAAAAUGUGUCAGUGUUUUAGGAGGUAAUACCACCACUGAGAACCACCUGCACACUGCCUGGUGCGUGGGAGCUGCAUGUUCCCAGCAUGAACUGGGGUGGACAGGUAUUCGAAGAGUAGGAGAGCAGCAGAGGGGAUCGUGUUUGCUGUCACCCCUCAUGACUCUGGACAACAGUGCCUUCCAUUAAAAAUUCUUAAAUCAA